AUGGGCACGAUAAUAAUAACAGGGGCUAAUGGCUCUGUCGCAAUUCCUGCCGUAGAGCAACUUUUGUCUCAAUACCCCGAUCACACGCUGGUUUUAACCGUGCGCAACGCGGCCAGCGAGGACCCGAACACUCAAAAGCUUCGCGAUGUCAUCUCGCACCACCACACAGCAAAGGCAUCUAUUCGUCAACUUGACCUGGCCAGUCUUUCUUCUGUCCAUAAGUUUGCUGGACAUCUCGCGACCGAGAUCACGGAGGGCAAACUCCCGCAACUCACCAGCAUCGUCUGCAACGCGUAUUACUGGAACCUGGUGGCCGAGGCACAGCUGACGGAAGAUGGGUAUGAAAAAACAUUCCAAGUGAACCAUCUUGCACACUCAGUGCUUGCUCUGCGUCUUCUGGGUCACUUUGGCCCGGAUGGUGGUCGCAUCGUGCUUUUUAGCAGCGACACCCAUUUUCCUGGCCAAAGCCCUCUGGAGAAGUAUCCGCCUGUCAUCCCGGAUGACCUAGACUUGUUGGUCAAGCCGCCGACUUAUGAGAAAGUCGAUCAUAUGGGACGUGGUUUCCAAAGUUAUUCCGUCUCGAAACUGGCAAUCACCAUGUGGAUGUAUGCGAUCAAUCGGCAUCUCGAGAAGGAUGAGAAUCUCAAGAACAUUACCGUGGUUGCCAUCAAUCCUGGUAACUUGACAGACUCGCGGGCCCUGCAGGUCAACACCCCCACACAGGUCAGGAUCAUGUCGAGCUUUAUCAUCCGACCGUUUUCAUUUCUUCUGCGUCGCUUGAUGGACCCGACCAUGCGUUCUGCUGGUGAAGCGGCAGAUGAUAUCGUUGGGCUGGCGACCAGUAAGAUCAAUCCCGGGGAGGGUGGCUAUUUCACUCUUUCCAAAAAGGAUAAGAGCUCGUCAGACAGCUACAACGAAGAAGUGCAGGAGAAACUGUGGAAGAAGACCCUGGAAUGGGGAGGAAUCAAUGGGGAGAAUAGCGCACUGAAGGAAGUUUAA